AUGUUGCAACGCCGGAACUACCGACGAACGCGUUCAGACGAGACGGACAUCCGGUCGGCCACGCGAGAAGAGCUGAGCGGUGCGAUGGCCGGAACCCCGCGGUCGGGGACGAAUGACUGUCGAUCGCAGUCAGGCGGUCAUGAAAGAACCGGUCCGCAAGCGGCCGCGACCAUAUCGGUGGCCGAAGCGGUCGCGACGGCCGCGGCCAAGUGGGGUGGAAAUAACAGCAGACCGGUGGCGGUGGACCACGACGACGACGACGACGGUGGAGGUGGCCAAUACGACGACGGCGGACUCGGCGACGACGGACGUCACGGUGACGACCGCCGUCACCGGCAGCUGGUGACACCCAGCGCGAGUUGCCGGAGUACACCGCUUCGACACAACCCGUCUGUCGGAUCGGCCGACACGGAAAUGACGUCACUAGACACCCGCGAGCUGUGGCUACCGGACACCGAGCCUACCCCGUCUACCAUGUCGGCCCUACACCAAUUCGGUGCUGAAAUGUUGAGACUAUCCCGUGGCCUGGAGAAGGUCGCCUCGCCCGACUCCAAGCCUGCCUCGCCCGAUAGGUCUUACAGGUGAGUGAUAAUCACUACAAUUAUUUCACUGUUGAAGUGAAAAAUGAUCACUGUAUUUCCAUAAAUCGAAAAAUAGCUAUUUAUAAACAUUUUUAUCAGGGUUUUAAUUAAUUAAAUAAUAAAAAUUAUGUGACAUUACGCUAAAUUUCUUUUUUGUGAACCAAACAACGUAGUUGUGAAAAAAUAGGUUUUUUUUUGCGAAUGUCUUAUUCGAAAAAUUAUAAAUAAAAUUGUUUCAUAAGUCAUAAUUAUUUAAGAACAAAAUAACAAUUUAAAAAAUUAUAAGUAUCUACUUCUAUUCCCAAAAGUAAUAACUAAUACAAACGGUUUGUUUUCAUUUAUGAAUGAAUAGGAACUAUAUAAAUCACUAAACUCUUCAGAAUAUAUAUUUGUAAUUUCAAUUUAAAUUGUUGAACGUUCAAAACAUUAAUGAAUAGUAUAAAACGUUUUAAAUAAGUAUUUCGAACACUACGCGACUCUGCCAAAGGAUACACGACGAAUUGUGUACCAAAUUGUAGAACUCAUUUACCGCCCUAAAUAUUUUCUCCGGCUUAUUUGAAUUUAUACACUAAAGACUAAAGAAUAUCGAUAUUUGCAGGCACAUAAAUCGGUGUACGGCAUUUUACCUCAAUCCGUUUUCGUUUUCUAAACCGUUAAAACCGUCUUGUUAAGCAAGUUGUGGCGUUAUAUUUUUUUCGUGGUAAAGUGUCACGUUUUAUUUUUUAUUUAAUAUAUACGAGUAUCUUCUCAUUUAUUCAGUAACAAACGGUAGAAAAAAAAAAACAAACUCAAACACUCGAAAAAUUGAAUUUGUAUUCGGCCGUUUGAGUAGAUGUACUUACACAUGGCGUAACUGUUAAGUGCGAAAUGCUACUAUUAAUCCACGUGACGACCUACUUCAUAAUUUCAUAACCAUCAAACACAAUAAUUUUUAAGACGUUAAAAACUGUCUGGUACCCCGCGCAUAGUGACACACAACAUUAUCAUUAACCAUUUGAUAUUAUUGGUUUUUCGAUGUACCCGCAUCCAUUAAGUGAUGAUCGUUGAUGAAAAUGAGCGCCAACUCAAAACUCAUCCGAAAACCGAUGACAAACCCUUUAUUUUUUUCAUUUUUCGUAAAUGAAUCUUUUAGGGAGCGGUGACGGACAAAGUAGAAAUUGGCAGUUCAAAUUACUCACUCUCCCAUUCCAAUAUACAGCGGAAUAGCUUAGGUCAGGGUAAUGGGUGGAUCGCCCCCUUGGUAUUUUUUUUUUAUGGUAUGACAUUUUAAUUACGCCUAUAACCUAUAAAUAAUAAAAUACAAUAUUAUUUAUACCCGUGGUGUAAUAAACAUUUAAACCACCCCCCCUCUCUUGAUUGAACUUCAGCUACGUUAAUGAUGUAUCACCCAUCUGAUGAAGCUAUUGUGAAAACUCAAAAUGGAGGGGGGAAUUGAAAUUAACUUAAUAACACCACGGGCUAUAUCGUUUUAAAUGAAAACAAGUUGACAAGAAAUAUGGAGAAAUAAUUUAUUUGAUUUGUUGAUAAAUUAUAUUAUAAUAUCUACUCCUUUUAAUAACUGUUUAAAUUGUAAAAUAAUUCAAUAAAACAUUGUUUAAGAGUAUUUUGUACGGCUUUGUACAUACAAAAUUAAUAUUAAAUUAGAUUAUUUUGCCUACCCAUUUGUUUCCCAAGGCAGAGAUACACGAACUAUUUAUACGGGUUCGACACCAUUGUCGUUAUAAAAAUUGUUUUAAUCGAACUGUAUCACCAGAAAUGUGCCAGAUAUUUUAAAAUUAUAAUCUAGAUAAUCAUUUCUGUGUACCGAAAUUGAUUUUAGUAUCGCAAUACAAGAUAUGGAACAUUUAUGUAUUAAGUAUUUAAAUACUAGACAAUCAAUACGUUAAAACAUAAAUAUUAAUUAAAUCUUGCACUCGUAUAAUACUUUAAAAUUUAUGCGGGGUUUUUAUUUGAAAUAAUUUUUCGAAAUUACCAACAUUUUCCUUAUUUUCAUGUAAUCAUUUUCAAUAUGUUCAGCAUUUUUUGAAAAGCCAUGGAGGAAAUGAUCCAGUUGUCACCUUCUUCAGGUACUAAUAAGAAUGAUACUUCAAAAUUCGUAUAUAUAAAUUGAUGAUACACAAGGAACAAAGUACAAUUGUAUUGAAAAUACGUAUUUAAGAAACUUAUAUUAAAAAUAAUGUAUAGCCUGGAAUAUUACGUACCCUAGUAAAUGAUAGAUUAUCGAAAAAUAAUUUCUGAAAUCGCAGUAUAUUAUAAUAAUAAAAAAAGUGAAAUUUUUUUCCGCUGGAAAAUAAAUUGUGAUCGAUUUCAAGUGCUACCCCACAUUAUCGUGAGGGUGAAAAGGGCAUAGUUAAUAAAUUCCUAUAAUAAAGCUUACUCGCGUAAAAAAUAAUAUUAUUGUGCGAACCGAUCCGUGUAAUAAUAAUUGAAAACGUCAAUAUUAUCCCGCAACUUAAUUAUGUGAACUAGCACAGAUAUACCUAUAUGUAUAAUGCGAUCGUGGAUACAAAUCGUUCGAUUUUUAAAUCAAUUUAUUCACAUUUAUUUUUUUUUAGAUUCUGAGUAUAGCGAAGAAUGUAUUGACUUUACUAAGAUGUUUAUUAUUAUUAUUUUUUUAUUUUUUUAUCCUGUGUAUGAAAAUUCUACCAAAAAUCAUGCUCAGAUAUAUACGCGUGACACCAUUUUUAAAAAGAAAUGUUGUCCACAUGGUACUUUUGUUAGGUCAUUUUUCGAUUUUCUAAACGGUUUUCAUAAUAUUUGGGAAAAACCAGGAUAGAACGUAAGAAAAACAGAAAAUUUACGAAAAUAAUAAUGCUUUUAUUAUUUUUCAAUUUUGUUACUUGUUGUAAUUCAGUCAAAAAUAUUCGUAGACUUGAAAUUUGGACAGAACAUUUAAAUUUGUCUUUUCUAAACGUGGUAAAAUUUUCAUAAAAUUAAAACCAUGAUUGAGAUAUUUAUAGUUAUUUUAUUUUGAGAGUUUUGUAUGUAAUAUUUAUUCCUUAGGUACUCUGUAGUAAAAUUGUAAGAUUUGAACAGAAAUUCUUAAAAAUUUAACAGAAGGUUCAUUAAAAACCCUUACUUUGUAGUGAAAAAAAAAAAAGUUUAAUGUAGUAUUUUUUUUCAUAAGAGAAUUUUAUCUUAUCAGUAUAGAUAUAACGUUCUCUUAAUGUUAAUAGUCAGUUAAAAAAUAAUCUUCAUCGAGUACUGACUAAGGUGUUUUGAUAUUUAAAAAUCUAUGAAUUUUAUGCAAUUUAUCUGAAUUUUCAUGACUAAUCUGAUUUCUUAAAUAAUUCUAUAUAAGACUAAAAGUUGAAAAAAUGCGCACUUAUAAACUAAAGCUUAGUGAAACACUUCGCAAUUUAGAAAACAAUAAACACAACUUUAAGGGAAAUUGGUUUACUUUAUAAUUUUCAAUAAAACCCAACCAUUUUCUUGGCACUUUUAUUCGUUCUUCGGAAAAACUCUAAGUUCUUGGGGGUUUUAUCGAGAACAAAAACCCUGAUAAAACCCAAUCGGGUUAAAUUUUUUCAAUAAACCCCGAACAUUUGCUAACUUUGAUCAUAUUAUAUACUAUGUAACUAUUACUGCAUGUAAUAUAACCAUAUUUAUGAAAAACAAUUUUAGCCUCUCUUUUCCAUUUUAGAUAGGUACCACGCCUAUGAGUACAUAACAAUAAUCGGGGUUGUGCACGUACAUUAUGUUCAGAACAUUUCGGUAGAAAAAACAAAAAGAAAUGCCUUUCUAGCCGACCCGACUUUAAACCCCAAUUAAAAUAACAUGUAGAAACCGCGAGUGCAUUGCAUACUGCAAUAUAAUAAAAACGAUAACGAGGAGCUUGGAAAUAAACAUUGUAUAUUAUUUAUUACUACAAAGGCGCGUAUUGUAAUAUUAUUCGAAACGGAUUUUUUAAAGCGAUAAUUGAGAGCGAAAAAAUGUAAAAAAUUCCAUUUGUUUUAAAAACGUUGUUUUUUUUUUUUACGACCAUGAUUUAUGUGCGUAGGUAACUCGCGAAUCCGAGUGUCGGACGAGAUUUAAUUAUUAUACUUACCGUCACCGUAGUCGUCGUCGUGAUGUAGAAUUAACUCGCCGUGGCCAGACAUAUAUUUUCCAUUAGGCGUACGAGACGCAAAAUGGCCGGAAAUCCCGGGAUUUAUGAGUGGUCGUGGUUCUUUUCCGUUUUUUUUUUUUUUUAAUGAACUCGCGAAUGAAUAGGCGAACCCGCUCGUUUCGGGCAUUCGUAUCCGCAGUGUAAUACAAAGUUAUCCCGUGCAAAUUAUUACGUAUAAUAAUAUACGAUAAACCGAUCGUUAUUAUUAUUUCAAAAUACUACAAUUAUAUACUUGUAAAAUUAAUGGUGAAAGUCUAUUGAAAAAAAAAAUAGAAAGGGUGGGGGUAUACUUGAUACUAAAAACGCUAAACACGGACAAAUUUUCAUUUUCCUAACUUUACUUAAGGGUAAGGGUUCUGUAAAUAAUCUAAUAAAGAUAUGAUUAAAUUCAUUUUGAAAUUCAACUUAAAUUUUAUCACUUUAACCCAUUUUUAGAAUACGACUCGAAUCCCCUAGUUUAAACUCAUCUGAUCCAGUGAAAGUCACUAGACGUGUUCAAAAAAAACGAAAAAGAUAUAAAUAUAACUUAAAAAAUAUUUAUAUAAAAAUCAUAUUGAAGUGCAACAAUUUCCAUGUUUGGGGAAAAUGCAAUAAAUACUUCUACUUUUAUUCGACGUUGGUACUCUCCUGGAAGUUUUUUAAUGACUUCAUUGAAAUAUAUUUUAUUCUAAAGUUGUUACUUUGUGGGUAUUGUAAGAAUUGUUAAUCUUAAAUCCAAUAAAACUUUCUUUAACCAUAAUAUAGAUCUCAUCUAAUUUUAGAAACUGAUAACGGCUGCAGCUAAUGUAUAGUGAUGCAGAAAAUUUGGACGUUUGAGUAAAAUACUUAGUAAUAGGUAGAUUAAGUUUUCCAUUUCCCCUCUGCUUAGUCUAAAACUGUUAUAGUAGAAUUAAAAAUAGGAUUAAAUAAGAGAGGGUAAUGAUGUGACGGUGGAAAGGAGAGAGGAAGAAGGAAAGGAGUACGGGAAAGUGUAUGGGGUUAUAAAGGGGUGAUAGGUAUAGGUAUAUUCAUAUUCGUAUGUAUGACGUAUGACGUGAACGCGCGGGGAUCUAUCUAACGAUAAGAUGAUUGAUGGCAGUGUUGCCACAACGAGCAAUCGAUCGGAUAAAACCUUGAAUAGACUCGCAGCGUAAUACGUUGACAAAAUUGGUAUAGUUUGUGUGUGUAAAUGGUUCUAUGUGUCUGUGAGAGUGGUCGCUCGGAUUGUAUUGUAAUAAAAAACGUACCUAUUAAAUUUAUUGACUAUGGCUAUUGUCUAAGACCCUAUACUUCUCUUCUGACUAUUUUACUCUUAUUAAUAUACUAUUGCGAAAAUAUGUAAAUAUUACACUUACCUUAUAUGUAUUUUCUGCUAGAAGUUCUUUGCUCAAAAUAUUAGGAGCAAGAUAUAAGGGAUAUGGGUAUCAAUGAAUCGUUGCGAUGUAUACACCUCGUUAGGUACCUAACAGACGUGUAAAUACUAUUUUUUACCUUCGGCUCACAAUGCGGCAGUCAGAUGUAUAGACAAUGCUAAAGUUAUCGAGAAUCACAUUUUCACCAUCGUCUUUUCUAGACGUAUAGACAACGGUUUCACGGAGUUGAAAGGGUUAGACGUCGGCACUAGAUACGACCACGUCCGUUUUACGUUUACAACCGAUUAACGAGAUGCGUGUAGCCGUCUGGUCAAUGGCGUUAGACUCUUUUAAGUGCAAAGUACUUUCGUAUGGCAUCCUGUACCCUUUUAGGCGUAUAGACAACCGUUUUCCAGGAUGUGUAUAACCGUUUACGUACCGGAAUAUUAUAUAUGUUUUUUUUUUAAGAAAAUAAACACAAUCUAUAGUAAAACAACAGAGACAAUAAACACAAUUACCAGGUAUAUAGAAUAGGAAGAAUUAAAUACAACAGCCCACCUUCGACAUUUGCAACUACUGUAUAGGUUUGGACAAAAAUGUAUGGUUGGUGUGAGUGAGCAAAAAAUGUCUGCUUCUGUUGGGCGAACCCAGAUAAACUACAACUGACUCCUAUACAGUCAGAAUGUCGGACAGACUAUCAGAUUUUUGGGUGACGCGUAUGGCGUAUUUAUGUAGUCCGCGGUCUCCCACACAGACGAUUAUUACUUCACUACGGUACCUACGGGGUCACCUCUUUGUGAGCGACGCGCAUAAUUAAUAUUUUGAAUUAAUAUGUGCCGUAUUAAGGUGGUAACAUUGUUUAAGAGAUGUUUGUGAUCGAACUGGUAACUGCUGUGUAACUGCUGCUGGUGCUGUGUAACCUUGAUCGUUUAUAUUACAAGUAUUAAAUAUUCAAUAUAUUACACUGUGGUAGUUUCUCAUCCACUAUAUGCAGUCGGUUUAUACUUAGGGCAGUAAACCCUUUGGAGCAUUAUUAGGUUUAGACAAGCAGUGUUUUUUUUUUUUGAAUAUGAAGGGGGACAAAAAUAGGCGAUCUAGCCAAUCAUAACCUAGUAGUUCUGAGAGCAUGUAUGUACCCGGAAAAACUAUUUUCAAAACCAACGAUGCUCUAUUAUACAAAUCUUAUAUUCCUCCAUGAUCUUCCUGUAUACGUACUAUAGUGUAAAAUAAUAUGUGUGGCGUAUACGAAUCGGUUGUGGGAUAUUACGAUUCAUAAAUCGAAACGAAUUAUCACAGCAAACGUCAUUUUACGCACAACAAUUUGCAUUCCCGGACCGAUAUCGGCUGCAGUUUAUAUUAUUGUACCUCGGGGGGUUAUACCGUGAACUGAGUUAUCUCGACGGCACCAUCAUUUGACGAGGUAGUAUAUUUUUCUCUCUGAGAUACGGUUUCGCACCGUGAGCCAGACCGUGUGCCACGGGAUUUCAUAAUAAUAAUAUACGAGUAGUGGUCUCGCCCAGGAAAAAAACUCAUCGAGCGUUUUUAAUUAUUUAUUUUUGUUUAUUAUUAUUAUGUACUGUGUAUAAAAUCAUUUUUUUUUUUUUGUUAUGUUUAACAAACAUUUUUUGUUGACCUCGGCAAUCCCGAGGGGUCACUGUAGUCGGACUGUCGUGACAAGUGCUAUACACUUUUUUUCGUUUUUUUGCAAUCGGAAAACACGGUGUGGCAAAAUUAUUAUCAUAAUUUAAUGCGAUUGUUUUCAAAAAAACAAACACGUAAAAUAAAUCGGCAAUCGAAAUGCAUCGCAAUCAAAACCUAACGCGGCUUUUCGUUUCGUCCUCUCCAUCAUCUAAACCCGUGAUGAUUUUUCAUUGAGCCAUCGACUUACAUUUUUGGUUUUCACUAUUAGGAUAGACCAUAAUUUCCUUGAAUACCAGGUUAGAUAGGUAGUAGGUUAGGUCAGAAGGUUAGGUUUAACUUGGAAAUUCUUAUUUGUAGUCUAGAUAUAAGUGCCUCGAUUGCGUCCCGACACGGUUUGGUUCACAAAAUAACGUAUCGAUGUUUAAAUAAAAUAGGUAUCAAUAUCUGUUCAAUAUAUUGAUUCGUGAUCAAUGGUAAUUUGAUUUAUAGUCUAUGUUAUCUGAUUGAUGCUGCCAUUUAAAUGUAUAUUAUACUGUCCGAACGCGUCAAGUUUCACCGUACACCAGUACUUAAAACGUACUUCCCUUAAAAAUCGAAUAAAAAACAACUAAAAAAUUACUCCUCAAACAAUACGACAAAGUUAUAUAAUACUUUUGUUACUUCAUCUUUAUUUUAUAAAGGUAUCUAUACCGGCGUUCUUCAGCUGACUGAAAACGAGUAAUAAUUUCAAUUUAAAACUUUCACUUAAGUAUUUAAGAAGUUUAUGCGACGAGGUGCAGGAGUUAUGCGGGAUCGACAAACUUUCCCGGACUAAUGAAGUCGAUAAUUAAUAUUUAGAAUAUUAUUUCUGAAAAUAAUAAUUCGGAAUUAUAAUAUUGUAGUGUACUUAUGGAAUAUAUCAUGAUAAAUGAAAAUCAGGAAAACGAACGUAUAUGCUGGAAAAACAAUGUCAAGUGUUCUGCUAUGUACAGGGUUUAUCAGGUUGACGGAAAUCAAAAAUAUCACCACUGAAAUCUAUUUGAACUAAUAUUUCACAUCUGUUUAUAGAAUUUACACUAUGAUAAUUUACUAUUUAAUAUGUAUUCAAAAGUAGGUAGUAGUUUUAACUCUAAAAAUUAGGGUGACGAAAAUAAAGAUAAUGCAAGAUUUUAGAAUGUAUAGUUACAUAAAGUUUUUACAUAAUAUCUCAUUUUUCACAAAAAUAAGUAUUUUCAGAGAAAAUUUCACCGUCACAUUUGAAAUUAUGAAAUUUUAAAAACUUUUUAGACUUGUUACAAUCAUUACAUACGCACUAUGAAUAUUAUGCAAACUCGCAUUAUGUAUAGUUACUGAUUUUUUGGGCUUAUUCCUACGGCAGAAUUCCACGUAGAAUUGAAUACAUUUGCAAUUAUUUUCUACUGAUCUUACUUAGCUGGACUAUUAUAAUAGCAUCAGUUUUUUUAUUUUCUACUAUUUUAUAGCUCUGCUAUACAAGAUCAAUAAAAAGUUCUUUAUCCGUGGCUUGGUAGAGAGGUUUUCUUUUUAAACAAUUUUCCAUUUUAAUUUUUAAACUGUACGACUAACAAAACUAGACUAUAAAUUACAUUUUAUAAAUUAACCAACGUGAUUCGUUGUCACAUUAUCAGUGAUUAUAAGUUCGCUAUCUACCAAAUAAUCGUAGUUUAGUACAUAACCUAAGCUUAUCGAAAACGUGUUUAUUAAAAACGCACUUAUCGCGAUGAAACGCAAUCCUUUAUAAACCUAGAUUAAUCUUUCAAUUACGAUAACCGUAGUUUCCCGUCAACGGAGUUUAUUGGUUUUUGGUGAGAACGAGCCUAAUUCGACGAAAAAGACUGCGUUCGUUUGUAGGACACUCCGAAGUUUCGUCAUAAAUAUUGUUCAGAAAUUGCGUAUGGCCAUAAAAAAAGUAGGUUUGAGGGAUAUAACAACCUCCCCUACCGCUAAAAUGUUUCCAAUAACUACUUUUUACUUUGCUAAUUUUCCAUAAAUUAACUUCUUUUUUGGUAUAUAUGAGAGGCUUGUAAAAUUAAAAACCUACUCAACUUUUUUUCUGGAUAUAUUACUCUUUACGUUCUAUUUAAAAAUAACGAAAAGAGUCAACGACUUUUAAAAAUUUUUAAUAAUACAGUUUUAUUUCGGUAAAAUACAGAAUUUCAAAUAAAAAUAUCCCAUUACUAGUUCUUUUGUGGGUCUUUUCUGAUAGGUAUCAGUGGUCCGCAUAUUUUAGAUGCCAUUGAUAUUUGUUCACCCAUUAUACGUAUUGGACGUUUUCUGUUUAUGUGACAUCAAUUAAAAGUUUCGAUAUACUUAAAAUGAUAUUUAUAUUUACUCACAUUUACAGACCCAAUUCGAGUUCCCACCGAGCGUAAACGUACCCAAGUUUGUUUUAAGAGUUGUGUAACCGAGUUUUGCAGAUAAUGUUUUAUAAAACAUAAUCUGACUAUCAGAACAAACUCAAUAUUUCUCCAUAUAAUUAUUAUGUUAGUGUUCUAUGUAUAAAAGUACUACCUAGGUUCCUACUCAAUGAAGAACCCCGACAAAUGUGUGUGUUUAUACAAUAUAACGUUCGUGCCGAACUCAGACAGUGUUUGUAAAUACGUCCUUGGAAAACCGUACAAUAUCGCAUAAAAUGAUGAUACGUAGAAAAUAAUUUCAGUAAAAUUCGUUUUCAAAGUUACCGAGUGUAACAUAUGAGUUCGCAUAAAAAGCCUGCGGUACCGUAAAUAAUUAAAGGUUUUGGCUGAGCUCCACGCUGCCUUGGAGCGGCGACUUGUGUUACACAUAAAACAAAAAAAUCAGCAUACAGCUUUUUGUACUGAAGUAUAUAGAUUUUACUAUUUUAGGAAACAUUGUAUACGCUGCUUCUAUACACCGAGAUGCAGAGUUAGUUGAGUUUUUUUUUUAACAGACGCAUGACCCCACGCCAAGAAUAGAAUACCGGUCAAGACUAACUCUCAUACUUUCAUAUAGACGUUAUACAGUCAACGAAACGGCCGUUCCCUAGGUCAGAGUGUACAACAGUAUCGAUUUGCUUUCAUACAUACCAUAUUUUUAUUAUUUUUAAUUUCGUAACAAAAAUAACGAACGAGCUUCAUUGGUUGGUAAAAGAGCUGCUAAUUUUAAAGAAAAAAAAACAACUAUAGAUAUUUAACUGACAUAAUUUUCAUUUCGGUUACACUUUAUAUUCUUAUCAAAAAUAAUAAGAAAAAUUACGUCAUUUGAGCCAAAGAAAAAGGAGAGCUAUGACUAGAGACGGGUGUGGCUACUGUUGUUGGUGGGUAGUUGGAAAGAUCGAAUACAUAACGUUAUUUAAUUUACACCUGUAACCAACGAUAAACCAUUGAUAACAAAAAACGAUUCCGAACUAAGUUCAGUUAAACAUGUUUAAAAGGCGUAAAAUGUAUGGUUCAAAAUCUGAUUUUAAAACUUAUAAAACUAAACAAUAAUACAUUACAUUCAAUUAUUUUCACCACUAAGUACGACGUAUCUAUAAUAAAGCUCAUGUCAAAUUCCCAAGCAUUUCUCUUUAGUCUAAAAAUGUUAUUCAUAAAGUAACUACCAAAUAAAAAUUCUUAACAUUGAAAUGUUUAUACAUAUAGCUCAAAAAUUGCUUAAUGAUUUAAAACAUUUCACUAUAUUUAGAAAAAAGUUUUCUGUCAAAAUAUCAAGAAUACGAAUACUAAGUAUGAAUAUUUUAAAUUGAAUUAAAUUAAAAAAUAAAAUUUAUAUGUUAACAAACAUUUUUUCGUAAAUUUACCUGUUCUUUCUACGUUUUUUUUUUUUUUUUUGGGUUUUGUUUAUUUAAAAAUCUAUGUACAAAGAAAAUCAGAAAUCGAUUGCCUUCGUCGCCAACUAGAUUAAAAAUUCAAGAAAUAAGGUCUUUUGUCAUUUUUCUACUGGAGCAAUAUUUAUAGUGGAAAUUAAUUUAAAUAAUGAAAUCGUCGCGUCGUAAUUUGAAAAAAUCGGAUUUAUGAAUUAUUCCUAUUUAUAACUAUAAUACGUUGAAUAUCAAAAUAUACUUUUUUUUUCAGUGGCUUUAUAUUAAAAGAAAUAAAAUCAUUAUGUCAUUUUUCUAUUAGAGUUAUAUUAUCGGCAAAAAGCAUCGUGAACAAAAAGUAACAACUAUGAAAGCGGUAAUGCCGUGGCACACCGCACCGUAAAUAUUUGCCAUUUUAUCAUAAUUUUCCUUCAGGUUUUUCUAAAUUAUUUUGAAUACCCAUUAGAAAAUCAAAAAAUGACCUAUUUAAUUCACCCACUAUAAAAAAUUCUCCUAUAGAAAUAGUACUACACUAUAUAUUAUAUCGGAACAAGAUAUUUAUUUAAAAAGUUGUGUUCAAGUGGAUAAAAAAGUACAGAUCAUAGUAGAAGCAAAGUAACGAGUUAAAAGUUACAAUUUCCUUAUACAAAAUAGUUAUGUACCUUUGUAAUUAUGUAACUACUUACAGUUGCUCAGUUUGACUGACGAUUUUGAAUUACAAUAUAUUUAAUAUAAAAAAUGUAUUAUCAUAUUUAUAAAGCCAGUUUAUUUUAUUUUUUUUUUUUAGAUUAUCUGGUGACGACAACGACGUCGAAUACGAUAUGGACGACGGCCUGGACGAUGAACUAGACGACGAUCUGGACGACGACUUAUUAGACGAGGAGAGCGGCGGCGGUGGAGUACCGUUCACCGACGGCGGCUGCGAUUCGAUUUGCUCGGAGGAGGUGACGGGCACGCCGCGAUGUCGUCGUGUCAAACGACAGCGGCGGCGACGAAGGCGACGGUCUGGUACGCUACACGAGUCUAUGCGCCGGCGGUUUGAUGGUCACGGUCACCGAUAUCCGCCACCACACCCAUACUUUCGGCACCCCCACCAGCAAAAAAAUCAUCUGCAGUCACCACAUCACACUGAUAGCCGACCUACACGGGUCCGGAGCUUUCACGAAGACGAACUUCGGCGAAACCGGAUCGAAUCACCGGUCAUUGUAACGACAGAAGACAAUAUUGAGACUAUUGCGGUAACGGGCCCGAAAAUCGUGGGCACAUUGCUCAAACAGGAAUACCAGCGGAAACCCGGGCUGGAAGAAGAGAUCUGCCUAUUGCCACCACCACCUCGCCGACGUCGGCGACGGUGUUCGGCAUCCACGAGUAGUGGCGACACCACUGGCACCCCAUCACCGCACCCCACACCACGAUGGCCGGUGGAACAGACACCACCGCCACUUGCUCGUGAACCAACUCACCAACCGCAACAGCUAACGGCAGCACAACCGGACAACCAACCGAAGCGACAUGACAUGUUGCAGCAAACGGCGGUAGCGGCCACUCGACGAGCCGACACAAUAGCCGAGUGGUCAGCCGUGGCCAACACAUCCAAGACGACGUUGGUAGUCGACUGCGGUAAAGGUGGCUUACCGUUACGCAGGGCCAUGACACAAAAGCUGAUACGGAAAAGGACGCUGACCAUGAGUACGCCGUCCGGCAAACGGCACUCGCCGCUCAUGCGGUACGGCUCGACCCUUGGCCUGCCGGCGUCACAGCAACAACAACACCAGACGUCACCGAUGACGUCACUGCAACGAUCCACCAACAACAAUAACAGCCGGUCAAGCGUCAUGAUCCGAAACUCGUACCGGCAUGGCCGCAUCAUCCGGCUGGAGCAGAAAGCCACUAAAGUUUUGGGUGUCGUGUUUUUCACGUUCGUUUUCCUGUGGACGCCGUUCUUCGCGCUAAACCUACUGCCGUCCGUGUGUCCGAACUGCGAAGCAAACACUAACAAGGGCCUCAUUGAUCUAGUUACGUGGCUCGGUUAUGCCAGUUCUAUGGUCAACCCAGUGUUCUAUACCAUUUUCAACAAGGUGUUCCGGCAGGCAUUUAAACGGGUGUUAUUGUGCAAGUAUCGCGGCCGGAACAAGAGACACUCGUGGCCACCUCCACCGCCGAUUCGGAAGGUCUGAUCAGAAUUGUGUCAGAAUCUCGAAUCUUAAUUUUAUUAUCUCCUCUCUGUACUUCCCGAUCACCCCACCGCUUUGGAUACAGUAGGACGUCGCGAACUAAAAAAAGUUGAAUGAGCAAGUCUUGUUCAGGGGGAUGGGGGUUAUCCGGUCAUAACUCUAUCAUGCGUUUUUA